AUGGCGGAGCCGGAGCGGGAGCGGAAGCGGGCGGCGGAGGAGCGGGUGAGGCGGAAGAGGGGCAGGAAGAGGAGGAAGAGGGAGGGGAGGGAGGGGGAGAGGCAGGUGGGGUGGAGGAGCGACCCCAUGGAGGCGCUCGGGGAAGAUGUGAUGGGGCGGGUGAUGGAGUUCCUGGACGCGCGCAGCGUGGCACGAUGCACCGCGGUGUCCUGCGCAUGGCGCGGGGUCGCGGCCGACAACCGCCUCUGGGCACCUAAGUGUGCUGAAUUGAUGGCGGGAAAGGCUCAUAUCCCACGUUUAACAUUGAUCUGCACUGGAUCCAAGUUGUCUACAUAUUCAAUGGCCAUUAUGGAUGGGAAACGGAGUCGGAUCACAAAAGAGGAUCUCUGUGAUCAUGCGUGGGAAUAUCGUUUCACAAUAGCAGCACCUGAUUACUGGAGGAACCUUGAUCCAUCAUGGAAGCACACUGGUCCACCUAUGCGACGUUACUUCCACCCUGAUGGCUACCACAGCGUCAGACCCUCAUGA